AUGUCCAACAUUCACCAGGUUCUCAAUAAGACUCAGCAGGCCGAGUUGCAUCGCGGUUGUCAUCCUUAUCAUCCUGGUUGGCAGACGGCUUAUGGAUAUGUGCCGUCAGAAACAGUCGGCAUUGUGUUCUGUGCCUUGUUCGCUGCUUCAUUGUUCGUCCACAUUGUACAAUUCUCUUGGAAGCGGACGUGGUGGAUGUGUGUUUUCCCAGUUGGAUGUCUAGUGGAGUUACUUGGCUGGGCAGCCAGGACAUGGUCUUCUAGAUGUGUUUAUAACCAGAAUGCAUUUUUGAUGCAAAUUUCCACUUUAAUCAUUGCCCCCACGUUCUUCACGGCUGGCAUUUACAUCCUUCUCGGCCGUUUCAUUCAAAUCUUCGGCCGCGAGUCCUCAAUCCUGUCCCCAAAAGCAUACCUUUGGAUCUUCUGCACCUGUGAUGUUGUCUCACUAGUAGUCCAAGCAUUGGGCGGUGGUCUAGCUUCCGCAGCAUUUGCCAAAGAGGGCGGCGACACAACACCAGGGUCAAACACCAUGGUAGGAGGCGUUCUCUUCCAACUUGCCUCCAUCACAGUAUUUGUCAUCUGUGCUGCAGACUUCCUACGGCGCGUAAGGAAGAUGGGUGUCCUACGAACAGCAUCAGUCUCAUUCAUUUUACUGAUGGCUGCAAUGGUUUUCUCCGUUCUGUGUAUCUAUGUGCGGAGUAUCUACAGGACGAUCGAGUUGCUUCAGGGCUGGAGAGGGUAUUUGAUUACCCAUGAGCUCUACUUUAUUGUGUUGGAUGGUGCGAUGAUGGUUGCUGCUUCUGCUGUCUUUAACUUGGUUCACCCUGGCUGGCUGCUUGACUCGGUUAAGGGCGCUACGUUGCCUGAAUCUCGGUCUGCUACUGAGUUGACAGAUCCUAAGCCUGAGCCUGAGUAUUACAGAGAGAGCUCACAGUGGAUCUGA